AUGGAGAUUUUUCAACAUGUUAGCAAAAUUCAGCACUACAAGAGGAGAAUUGGAAUGCCUUAUGCAAAUAGUAACUGCAAUGGAAAAACCUGGUUUUUUGUAAAUGAAAAUGUGGAUGUGGAGAUUUUACAGGACACUACCCAACAAAUCACUAAUUGGUUCGGUCAUCUUGAGGUGGAGCAUUUGUCCAGAACUAGCUCAGAUCAUGCACCUAUGCUUCUUUCUUGCAAUGAUCAAACUCAGCAUUUUGUUAGGCCUUUCAAGUUUCUUAAGUUUUGGACUGAACAUGAGGAUUAUAAAGAGAAGAUGAAGCAAGUACAAAAAACUUUAUCAACUUGGAGUAAACAGUCCUUUGGUGAUAUAUUUCAACAGCUUAGUAUAAGAGAGGAUAUUGUCAAGGUCAAAAGUAGCUUUUUGAAGAAUAGAAUGAUAUUGCAAAGAGCUCAGGCUGAGUUGAAGAGGCACUUGCAUUAUGAGGAGGAAUCUUGGAGACAAAAAGCUGGUUUUGAUCAUUUUGCAGAAGGUGAUAGAAAUACCAGAUUUUUCCAUAGUCUGGUUAAGGGAAGAAGGAAGAGAACUCUUCUAAAGAAGAUUAAGAAUGCAGAUGGAUCAUGGUUGAAAAAUGUGGAUGAUAUUGCUAUAGAAGCUGCUGAUUCACCUUUGUUUAAUCAUAUUCCCUUACUGGUUUCUCAAGAAGAAAAUGAAAUGCUUACUGCAGUCCUUAAUUUAGAGGAGGUGAAAAAGGCAGUUUUUGAGUUAUCAGUUGAUAGUGCUAGUGGUCCAUAUAGUUUAAAUGGUGUUUUCUAUCAUUCUUGUUGGGAGAUUGUUGGUGCUGAUGUGUACGGUGUUCUGAAAGAUUUUUGGGAUGGCCAUACACUUCCAAAGCCAAUCACACACACUAAUCUAGUCUUGUUAUGA